UGUCCUAUUUGAGGUUGAAAAAUAACCUUAGUUUGUUAGAAAUAUUCAAUUCUUGAAUCCUAACCAUACAAAUUAAUAAACAAAAAAAACCAUAACUUCACAAGCCAGCCUCUUCAUUAGCAAACAUUCCGGCUAUUUGUCUGCUUACAUAAAUUAAAAAUUAAAAAAAUUAAAAAUUAAAAAUUAAAAAACAAAAAAACAAUACCCCUAUAAUUUCCCAAGCCACACAUAACUAACUGGACAUAAAUAACAGCUUUACACACUACCAUGGCCGAUAACAACAACGAAGAAGAAGAAGACGAAAACAACAAGAUCAAAUCCAACCGAAAAGAACUCGGGCUAUCAUGCAUGCUCAACACCGAGGUCGGGGCGUUACUCGCCGUCAUCCGCCGCUCGCCGGAAUCAAACUACCACCACCACCACCACCCUGACGACGCAUGCGACCCCACCAUUAUCCAAUCCCUCAAAUCCCUUCGGGCGCUCCUAUUCAACCCCAACCAACCAUGGCGCUCCGUCGACCCCUCCCUUUACCUCUCCCCGUUCCUCGACGUCAUCCAGAGCGACGACAUUCCGUCCGUCGCCACCGCUGUCACCCUCCAAUCCAUCCUCAAAAUCCUCCGCCUCGGCAUUUUCGACACCAAAACACCUGGCGCCAAAGACGUCAUCAACUCCGCCGUCACCGCCAUAACCGGCUGCCGCCUCGAGAAAACCAACCCCAUUACCGAGGAUGCCGUUAUGAUGAGGAUUUUACAGGUUCUGACGGCGAUCAUGCGGCACGAGGCCUCGAUUCUCCUCACCGACAACUCCGUGUGCACGGUGGUGAACACGUGCUUUCAGGUGGUGCAGCAGUCGGCCGGGCGGGGCGAUCUCCUCCAGCGGAACGCGAGGCACACGAUGCACGAGCUUAUACAGAUGAUAUACUCGAGGUUGCCCGAUAUCGAGGUGAAGGAUUGGGAGAACUCCGAAUCCGACACCGAGGACAAUAACCUCGACUCGCGAUACGGCAUCCGAUCUGCCGUCGACAUCUUCCAUUUCCUCUGCUCUUUGCUCAACGUGGUCGAUAUAAUGGAGACCGACGGGUUGACUUUCCAAAUCGCCGACGAGAACACGCAGGUCUUCGCGUUGUACCUCAUCAACUCGGCUAUAGAGUUGAGUGGAGACAGCAUCGGGAAACAUCCGAAGCUCCUUCGCAUGAUCCAAGACGAUUUGUUCCAUCAUUUAAUCCAUUACGGAGCGUCUUCGAGUCCACUCGUUUUAUCCAUGAUCUCAAGCACAGUUCUCAACAUAUACCACUUCCUUCGAGGGUCGAUUCGUCUCCAGCUCGAAUCGUUCUUCUCAUUCGUGCUAUUUAGAGUAGCGGGCCCCACGAGCCCCCUCCAGCUCCAAGAAGUCGCGGUUGAGGGCGUCAUCAGUUUCUGCAGGCAACCGUCUUUCAUCAUCGAAGUCUAUGUCAACUACGACUGCGACCCCACCUUCCGGAACGUCUUCGAGGAAAUGGGCAAGCUCCUAUGCAAGUACGCAUUCCCCACGGGGGGCCUACUAACGAGCAUCCAAGUCCAAGCCUUCGAGGGCCUAUCCGUAAUUUUCCACUACAUUGCUGACAACAUCGACAAAGAAGACGACCCGAGCCCGUCCGGCCCGUACCCGGUCGAGAUAUCCGGGUACCGACCCUUUUGGGAGGAAAAGACAAAAAAGGACAACGACGUCAAUAACGACAAUUGGGUCGAUUACGUGAGGGUGAGAAAAGUCCAAAAGAGAAAGAUUUUAAUUGCGGGGAGCCAUUUUAAUCGGGACGAUAAGAAGGGACUGGAGUAUCUGAAAUACUCUCAGUUGAUAUCGGACCCACCGGACCCUAAAGCAUACGCCGUUUUCUUUCGAUACACUCCGAAAUUAGACAAAACGAUGAUCGGAGAUUAUUUAGGCGAUCCAGAAGAAUUUCACAUGCGAGUGUUAAAAGAAUUCACCGACACGUUCGAGUUUUCCGGUAUGGUGCUCGACACUGGUUUAAGAACAUACCUCGAGACUUUCCGACUGCCCGGGGAGUCGCAAAAGAUCCAGAGGAUUCUAGAAGCUUUCUCAGAGAGAUUCUACGACCAGCAGUCGUCGGAAAUCUUCGUCAGCAAGGACUCGGUAAUGAUCCUCUGCUACUCAAUAAUCAUGCUUAACACGGACCAGCACAACCCGCAGGUGAAGAAGAAGAUGACCGAAGAGGACUUCAUCAGAAACAACCGCUCGAUCAACGGAGGGAGCGAUCUGCCACGCGAGUACCUAUCGGAGCUCUUCCACUCCAUUUCGGGCAACGCGAUAAGCCUGUCUGACCAGCCCGGAAAGAUAAUCGAAAUGAGCCCGAAUAGAUGGAUACAGCUGAUAAACCGGGCCAAGAUCAUCCAACCGUUCAUCAUGUGCAAUUUCGACCGUAGAUUGGGUAGGGAUAUGUUUGCCUGCAUCGCCGGACCGGCGGUGGCAACUGUGGCGGCAGUUUUCGAACAAUCCGACGAUGAGGAUAUGCUACAUGAAUGCAUCGAGGCGUUGUUUUCGAUAGCUAGGAUAGCACAAUACGGGCUCGAAGAUAUACUAGACGAACUCCUCUGCUCGUUCUGCAAAUUCACGACAUUGUUAAACCCUUACGCAUCUGCAGAUGAAACGUUGUACGCUUUCAGCCACGAUAUGAAGCCAAAGAUGGCGAUUUUAGCUGUUUUCACUAUUGCAAAUACUUUCAAAGACUCAAUUAGAGGGGGGUGGAGGACAAUAAUCGAGUGUUUAUUAAAGCUCAAGAGGCUGAAGUUGCUUCCACAGUCGAUUAUCGUCGAGACAGAAAACUCGCCUUCAGACACACCGGUCGAGAAACCAAGUCAAGAUCCGAAAUUCGGAAACAAACGGCAUAGUUCCGGAAUUAUGGCGAGGUUUCUAAAUUUCAUGUCGAUGGAGAGCGUCGAAGAAGCGUUAAACCUCGGAAUGGGCGAAUUCGAACAGAACAUGACCGUCAUCCAACAGUGCCGUAUCGGAAGCAUCUUCACAACGAGUUCGACCCUACCGGAAGAUUCUCUUUUGAACCUCGGCCGCUGCAUCAUAUUUGCUGCCGCCGGAAAAGGGCAGAAGUUCAGCACCCCGGUGGAGGAGGAGGAGACAGUCGGAUUCUGCUGGGAGCUGAUUGGCUCCAUAGCUGUGGCAAAUACGCACAGAUUCUCUUCGUUUUGGCCUUAUUACAACGAUUACUUGCUUGAAGUGGCGCAGUUUCCGCUCUUUUCGCCUAUACCUUUCGCCGAAAAGGCCAUUGUUUCUUUGAUGAAGACGUGCCUCAAGAUUCUUGCUUUGGAUAAAAUGGAAGGUGCCGAAGAACUCAUAUUCAAGUCAAUAAAUCUGAUGUGGCGAAUGGAGAAGGAGAUUCUAGAAACAUGCUGCGAGUUUCUAUUACAGUCGGCUAGCACAAUCGUUACCGAACAUCCUCAAAAACUGCAAACGCAACUAGGAUGGAUGUCGGUUUUACACCUGCUGUCUGCUACGGGCCGACACCCAGAAACCUACGACCAAGGAGUUGAGGCUUUGAUCACACUCAUGUCCGACAAAACCCACAUCACGAAAACAAACUAUUCGCAUUGCAUCGACUGCGCGUUCGCAUUCGUAGCCCUGAGAAAUAGCCGAGUCGAAAAAAACAUCAAGAUCAUGGAUUUAUUAGCUGAGUCAGCGAGUUUAUUGGUCGAGUGGUAUAGAACCGGAUAUUCCGAUCCGGGUAGCUGUUCGAGCAUCGCAAGCAAUGCUAGUCUUUCUUCUUCGGUUGAAGAUACGAGGAAUCAGAAUCCGAUCAGUUUAUUUCAGAGGCUCGGAGAAUCUCUAAAGAAGACGAGUUUAGCAAGACGAGAGGAAGUGAGGAACCAUGCGGUGAUUUCUCUUCAGAGGAGCUUCUUAUUGGCAGAGGAGCUUCUUUUUACGCCGACGAAUUGCAUAAACUCGUUUUAUAAUAUUAUAUUCGCGAUGGUGGACGACCUGCACGAGAAGAUGCUGCAGUACUCGAGGAGAGAGAAUGCGGAGAGAGAAACGAGGAGCAUGGAAGGUACCUUGAAGGUGUCGAUGGAGGUUUUGACAGAAGUGUACUUGCACUUUUUGAGGCCGAUUUCAGAAUCUCCGAAUUUCCGGACUUUUUGGUUAGGGUUGCUUAGGAGGAUGGACACGUGCAUGAAGGCUGAGUUGGGGGUUUACGGAGAUUCGAAUGUGCCGGAGAUUGUUCCGAACCUUUUGAGAAGGAUUGUCACGAGUAUGAAGGAGAAGGGUAUACUUUCGCAUGCGGGUGAAGAUGAUUUGUGGGAUACGACGUUUUAUCAGAUACAGUGGAUUGCUCCUGCUCUUACUGAUGAGUUGUUUUCCGAGGGGCUGAAAACCUUUCUUUAGAGUUAUUUUUUUUUUUUUAUAUUUUAUAUAUAUAGAUAUAUUCUUGUUCGUCUUGCGAGAAUGUUUCAGGGCAUAUCCUGCAUCAGAGAAACGAUUGUGAAAAAAUAACGACGAAAAUCUGUAAGCAGCAGAAGUUAAAUUAUCGACAGUUGACUGCUUCGAUUCUCGACCAUUGAAGGAUCGAACGGUUCUCAUUCAUUGUAAUUUCAAUAUAUAAAUUGGCAGCACAG